UAGCCACAGUUGAAGUUCGCCGGCCAUUAGAGAUUGAACGCUACUUUUAAUUAUCAAAUCGCUGAACGAAACCUCUCCCCUCCUCUGCCAGUCAUCGCCUGCUAGCGUGCCUCUGUGUGUGUGUGUGUGUGUUGUAUAUGCUCUGGUGUAUGCGUGCGCGCACGGGAUCCGUGUGUCCAUAUAUAAUACACGAGAGCGGCUGCUGCUGUCUCUCUUGGUUGCGCUUGUGGUCCCUCGAAUGUAGUUCUUUUUUUGAAUUUCUCAGUUUCAAGCUUGUAGCGUCCCAGUGAUACAUAUUGAGAGAAGCGAGAGCUAGCUUGGUGCGAUCUCGAGGCUCGAGAGAGUGUGCGGAGAGUGUCGCGUGCGUGCGUGUGCGCUCCGAAAAAUUCGCGAGAGAGUUAACGCCUGUGGCGCGCCGCCGCCACCGCAGCCGGUUGACAGCAGCAGCCUACCAAUUACGAACGAACGACCAAAGGGCAGCAGGUAGACGUAGCCACGAUGGUCAUCAAAGUCUACAUAUCCGGCAUCAGCGGCAAUAAGGAAGUGAAGAAGAGGCAGCAGAGAGUGCUGAUGAUUUUAGAGAGCAAAAAUGUAGAAUACCAAGUUAUUGAUAUCACUGAGCCUGGCAAAGAGGCUGAAAAAGAGUUUAUGCAAGUCAACAGCAUGGCAAAGGAUAGUAAAUAUCCACUGCCUCCCCAAAUAUUCAAUGAAGAAGAUUACUGUGGGGAUUAUGAAGAUUUCGAUGAAGCCAAUGAGUUGGAUGAACUUGAAAAAUUUCUUAAGGGACCUACUGUUACCAGUAAUGAAAAUACAGACAAGUCACAAAGUGACGUUCAACAGAAUGGCAAUGCUUCUAGUCGAGAGCCUUCCAUAGAUAAAGAUAACACAGCAGUUGUAGCUGAUAAUUCAGAAGACAGAAAGGCAUUGGAGACUGAUAAUGUAAAGCAUUCUGGUUCUGAAACAGAGAUCAAAGACUUGUCUGAAGAUGAUGGAGAUCUCGAGAAAAACAGUGAAGAUAAACCACAAGAAAUUAACAAUGAUGAUGAAUAGAAAGUGGCAUUAUUAAGAUAAAAUGGCAAUAAUACUAAAUACUGAAUUAAUAGCGACCGAUUCUUCCUUCAAGAAUGACUUAUUUCAUAAAGUUGCCACUUUGCAUAUAUCAAGUUUAAACUGCUAGCAAUACG